GAACACCUUGAUGGGAUCGCCACGCUCCUACGCCUGUAUCUUCCUUUUCUUUUCUCUUCUUUUCCUUCCUUCCCUUUUCCACUUUCUAUUUCACACUAUUUAUGGGACUAAUGUACGAUACGGGAUAUGGAUAACUUUAUUUCCCUUUUCACUUUCUGUUACUGCUUCCACUUAUGUCCGGGCAAUUUCUCUGUUCUCUUUCCUAUUCACCUGAUGUGUUAUCUCUCGGCUGCGGCAGAUUGUAUUACUAUUAUCAUCACCCCCCUUGUUGUCUUUCUUCUUUUUCUUUCUUCCGGGAUUUCUAUGGGUUCGAUUAUUCCUCUAUCUAUCUUAUUGAUUGAUUUCUUCCGGGGCUGUUUUUUUUUUUUUUCUCUUUUUUAUUAUCUUAUCUAUCUGCCUGCUUAUUUGUUUGCUUGUUUUAUUUGCUACAUACCAAAGUCGCGAUGGCCAGACUGAUUGAUUGAUUUGAUUGAUGGAUUGAUUGAUUGAUCGAUUGGUAUCUUACAUACAUUCAUGUAUCAUAUGACGACGGGGCCUCGGGAGUAUGGAUGCACACACGGGUUGUGUGGUCGAUACUGUCCUUAGUAUAUCUACUUCUUAGCUAGAAGAGGAAAAGAAUUCAAUAAAUAUGGGAAUCAA